AUGGUGGUCCAUGGUCAAAUCAAAGAUGACGAUAUAGCAAGCGAUAAUGAAAUAGAGGUAUCUGAUACAGUAUUUGUAAGUACUGCAAACCCAGACAGCUUGAAAUUAAACUUGCAAACUUUUUAUGCAAGUAAACAUCCUUGGUCGUCUGGUGAGUAUUUAAUUAAAAAAUUAAUCGAUGAAUGCAACUCCCUUAGAGCUGACAUUGAAAUGACAGAAGUCAAAAUAGCUGAGUGUAUCAAGAGGGAAGCCGAUGCCAAACCUCCUUCUAAGCAAACGAGAUGCCCACUGAGUCCCAGGACUAAAUUUGUUGAGAAACCAAAAGUCUUGAAAGAUGGCAACCCCGAUUUGAUUAAUGUUGUUUACUCGGGUCCUACUGAGAGAAGGAAAAGAGCCCCAAAGUAA